UGGGGACAAGCUGACAGGAAGGAACACUUUCCCGCCUCGUUGGUGUUUAUGUGAAACUUUGGAAAUACGACUGAUAAUUUUCAUCUGGAGGGAAUAUCUUGGAGUGUGGAGGGAAAAAGAGGGAGGGGAGGUCCUCCUGCGUUUUAGGGAGCAGAUGUGUGAGACAGAGGAGGGGUACAAACCCAAGCAGAAAACAAACCUUUCAAGCUGGCAGCCUGGAGCUUCGAGUGGACAUCUCCAAUUUUAGCGACUAGUGAGGGUGACACCACGCAGCGAAGAACGUCUCCAUACACGGCUAGAAGGUUCCAGUUUUGACCUUCGACUCAGCUGAGUUGCACAAAGACCAAACGCUACAGCGGUCUAAAGGCUAACAUAUGACUGUAUGUGUUUGCAGUAGAACGCAACGAAAGCCGCGUGUUUGACUACAGGUUGAGAUGUGAGUGAGGGAAAGAGAGGCAGCGAUUAAAAGGAGAGAGAUUCCCAGGCACCACAUAUGUUGGGAGUUUGGAAUCACUGUGCAUCCCGCAGAGUCGAGAAGGCAGAUUGUUAGCGGACGGGGGCCUGGGGUCUGCGUGGCUGCUCUUCUUUUCUGCCGAGUGACGCUCAGCUGAGCGCCGCCUGUACGCCUCAGCGUCGCCUGCAUGUCUCAGCGCCCCGUCUCCGCGGCUGAGAAGUAAUAACCAGAGACAGAGACGCCGCUCGUCAUGUGGCUUUUCCCCUCGUACUGACUCCUCAUCGUAACUCUUGAGGGUUUCAAACAGAGGGGAGAAGAAGAAGAAGCCAAAAGCGUACCGCUUCCACACGGAAUGGGAGGAGAACUCUUUUUCACUAUGUCAUGUCGGACAUGCCUCCAUGCAGUGUGAAGGUCGGAUUCGGUGGUAUGCCAGAUUAUCAAUCCGCAAUGACAAUCAAGAGAUGAGCCUGCAACAAGCAGCCCUGUCCUUCUGUUUCCUGCCGCCGGACGUUUGCUGAUUAAUGCAAUCCAGAAGACGAUGCCUCAGUCACCCGGACAACUCUUCUGAAAAGCAGACCUUCGCAGCACUCGCAGUGCACCAUGGCAGGAGAGACUCAGCGAAUGCAGGCUGUCAAAGAGCUGGGCGCUGAGUCCAAACUGCAGGAUGAGGGGACAGCGGUGGAACGACAGCAGAGAGACAAAACCACAAAGGAGUCUUCCGAGCACUUUUCAAGCGCAGACGCUGAUGCCAGAGCCGGCAGCAGAGGGCCCAAGCUUGACAAAAUAAAGAAGGAGCGAGGUGGCACACACCAACGUGAGGCUGUAAUUCGGCCACAACAGACGGGCAAGAUUGACUUCAGAUCAUUACAGAACAAAUCAAAGUUUUCCACCGAUAGAACUUGGUCCAGCGGCAAAGGGAGUCCCCAAUCACCGAGUGGAAAGGGGCGCGGCAGAGACAAAAGCAAACGCUCUGGGAAGUCGGAUCAUCGUGGCGACCCGCAGCAUCUGUACAGUCUCAGCAUUACGAACCCUCGCUCAAACCUCAACAUCGGGAUCGCUUACCCACAGCAGAAGGUUUCACCAGCAACAAAACUGGACACCGGUCGUAGCCUGGUCUCGGGCGGUUACAGAUUCCACACUCCCAGCGUACCGGAGAGAGAGGUUGACGUACAGCAAGAAGAGUUGAACUACGGCCGCUGUUUCCAGGAGGCCUCCUCAAAUCUUACCUCUCCAAGCUAUACCUCACAGACACUGGGAUCUUCAAGUGGGACGGCGUCCCACCAGCAUCUUCCCCUGUCACAGAAACAGCAGCCUGCCACAAUGGAGAACAGCAACGCACAAUCAGGCGGUCAGCUGAUAUUGACCGAUUUUCAGCUGAAUGCCUCGAAUGCAUGGCAGUCUCCUGAGAGAACUUUUAACGGUGCUAACUACGCCUCAUCGCAAAAAUCCACUGCUCAUACCGAAACGGGCAAGACGAACACCAUCGUGCCUGCUUCAUUUCAAUACGGAUACCAUUUUCUGGAAGAGUCAACUUCUGAUUCUUUUUCUUGUGAACAGAACCCGCAAUCCCAAGACUUUACAGACUCGUCCCUCAGUUCUGUUCACGGGACUCAGAAUUCAUUUUCCUUUUUGCCGAUCGAAGGGCCAACUGUUGCUCAAAAGAGCACAAAGUUCAAUACUGACCAGAAACCGGAGUCCAGAAACUCUUAUCCUCACACCCAGCAGUCGCAGUUUAUUCAGGGGGCGGCUUCCAUUCAGUGUCCGAGGAAUCUGAGUGAGGACUCGGCCAGCAGUGACAGCUCCACCGCUUCCAUGUCUCAGCAGUCAGAUCAUGGGAAGUCUGCCCUGCCGGAAAGCACAGACAAUGUCGGACAGGUCGAUGGUAAAGAUUCAGCCGUCACCGCAGGCAUUAAAAGGAACUGUCAGCCGAAGGACACGACUGUCAACCAAAGAACACACAUCCAAUCGAGUGUGCAUCACACAAGAAAUAUUUCACACACUCAAGGCACACAAAUGCACUUUCUUAGCAAAACAAACAAUUCCACGAUCAAUCACGUUCAGGCAGGUUCGGUGCAAUUUGAUAAAAACAUCAAUCAUAAGGUUUUAAAUGGGUUAACGCAUUCCUGGGAGGGGCCUGGUAAGACAUUUUUACCGGUGGCGCAAAACACAAUCCAGUACAGCGACGUGACGGACAAGUUUCAGUUCCAGCACCAGUCGGCAUCGGACAAAAGGAUACAUUUAUCGAAAGACAACAGAGUGCUGUGGCAGCCGAUUCGAUCGGCGACUUCCAACCAAAAUCAGUUAUCCCGACAGAUCAGUAAUCAAAAACUGUCUUACGUCGUUGCGCCUUCAGAGUGGCAGGAUGAUUGCAAAUCGCAUAAAAAUAGUUCGCUGAAAAAUACCGCUUCGUUUCCAAACAACAGAACUAGCGACGGUUUUUGUAACCAAAGACAGGAGUCGGUCAAACAGGUCUCCACGUUCAAAGUCGAGAUGAGCCAUGCGCAACUAUGCGAGUCCAAAAAUAAGGCUAUCUAUUUCGGUCUCAACCAGUCUAUACCAGUUUCAUCUUCCAGAAGCUACAGCUAUCCGCCAUUACAAGUUCCACCCAUGGGUCUUAUGAUGGUUUCACCCUACGAAUCGCCUUUACCGUCCCCAUCUCAUACCCCUGCGUCCAGUAGUACUUGUUCCUCGCUUUCCCCGGCAUCCACCAGUCCGGUCAACAGCACAUCUGAGGAUAGUCAAAUGUCAAAAUCAGGACCCCCGGUUACUUUUUAUCAACAGCCAACCCAGUCCAAAACCCAGUUACCACCCGAUCACCUCAACAAUCACUCUCAUCAGUUUCAUGCUGAAGCUCAGAGAAACCUUCCGUACGCACCGGAUCGAGACAAAGACAACAUGAUGAGCUACCUUCAGAGCAACACUCACCCAAAGACGAUGGACGGGAGCAAAGCUUACAUGGACAGUUUUGGGAUGGAGCAUCAUCAGCCACCUCCGCCUUAUUCCGCACAUCAGCUGUUUGCCACUUCAUUAGCUAACGCUAACCUCGACCAGUUAGACGUGCUUCUGACUUGUAAGCAGUGUGAUCAGAACUUCAAUAACGUCGCUUCGUUUCUCGGACACAAGCAAUACUGCACACAGGCGACUGUUCCAAAGAUAGAAGACAACAGGAAGUUCCACACCGAACCAACAAAAGCAUCUGCGUCAAAUGUUUCUAUGACAAAAUGCCCUUCGGACCUUCAUCUUUCUUUGUUGGGUCUCAACAAGAACGGAGAACUUUUGUCAGAUAGUGACACAAAAGCCGACUGCAGGGACGAUCCGAUGAAACUUAACCUGUUCUCCGGUUCUGGGAACCUCCCCGUGCCGCUCCCUGAGCUGGAAAUGGAGGAUGCGAAGUUGGACAGCUUAAUUACGGAAGCUCUGAAUGGACUUGGUUAUCAGUCGGACAACGCAGAGAUAGACAGUAGUUUCAUUGAUGCGUUUGUUGAUGACGACCUCAACACCGUUAAAGCGACCAACAAACAGUGUCUGAAAACGAAAGAAUCGGUCUUAUUUGAGAACAAAGCAGUCGGUGACGGCGGGUCUUCCACGCAGGAGAAGUAUUUUUACAACUCCAAUCGUGACAGCCCGAAGAGAAAUAAGCCGUACAGCGACAAUAAAUUUGAGAAAACACCUCUGAAUUUUGAGCACGAUAAGAAAACAAACAUGAAAAAAGAGACAUCUACUAAAAAUCCCAAAACUGCCUCCAGGGAAAAGAUGAGGGAACAAGAAAGCAAAGCGAAGGAGGCGAGAAAAGUGUGCAAGAGUGAAGAUGAAAGUACAGGAGCUCAGAGAUUUCUCUUAUCCAGCAAGUUCUCCGAGCGCUGUGCUGUUAAAAGCUUCCAGGACAAUCCGGCACCCAUCCAGACCUCCACAUCUCCGACCUCAAGGACGACGGUGAAAGAAAGCAAACGAAGAAGCACCGGCGGCGGAACUUGGAGCAAAGAACUUAUACAUAAAAUAGUUCAACAAAAAAACAAGCUCCAUAAACUUCACGUUAAAGGUAGCAAAAACCUUCAGUUUUCCUUGGUCAUGGAACGACUGACUCCGACUGUGCAGAAUCCAGCAUUCGGAGAAUACGACUACGUCUCGGAUACGGAUGACGAAUGCGAACCUGUUAAGAUCGCGAGCCAAGGACGACUCAACCAAAGCGGUCGUUGCAAAUACACGUACACCAAAGAGUGCAAAUGGCGAGCCAGAAGCGAGAGGGACCAAGCAGCAUGGAGACACGAAUCGAAAGAAUGUUUCGAGGUGAAAAAAAGCGAAGAGAUUUCUCUUUCGCCUGAAAAAAACAAUUCCCAACGACACAAACGGAAAGGGAGCAGAUCGUCGACAAGCAGCGAGCUCAGCGCAUCCUUGAGCGUUUCAAGCGACAGCACUGAGCGUAUGGAAUCGGACUGUGAGAAAAAGUCGGACGUUAAAAAAAAAGAAACCCCGCAGAAGUCAUGCAAGGACACCGGCACGCUAGCGUUGACGUUCACAAAAUCGGCGAAGAAAUGUAAUCCAUACAAAGCCAAUAUCUUCGAUAACAAACAUGACGCGGACAAUCCGACAAAGUCAAUACCAAAUACAGAAACGGUUGAUCCAAUUCCGUCGGCGGCGGUGACCGCCUUUGAAAAAAAAUCAAAAGAACGCAAAGAAAAUACCGCCGCUUUGUGUCACGACGCGCUCGAAAGCACGGACAAUCUAUGCCACAAAGAACACGAACACAACAAGCCAUUACAGUUUCAUUCACACUCCCUCAACAGCAACAAAGAAACCGAUUCCGAUACUGACAAAGACACAAAGGUGAAAAGAAGACUCCAUUCUACGCAGUCGGAAUUAUCGGAAAAGACAGAAUUUAAAGAACAGAGCAACAACGUCUCUUUGGCGAAAGAAGCUAUUACUUUAGUCGCAGAUUCUGCUCCUCUUUGCGCCGGUUUGAUGCAUCAUGAAGUGUGUCUUUCGCCGAAUCAAAGCCAAGUUCCAUUGAUACAAAAAGACACACUCCACCUUAUGCCCUACUCUUUGGACCAGGACCAAGGACUCAUGAAGUCUCCUCUUACAUUCGACACGUCGUCAAUGUUUGGGGACCUUGCGGCGUUCGACAGCGGCCUCUACUCGGAUAUGCCGAAAGAAGGUUUCCAUUCAUUAGAGAACCCCAUUGACAAAAAGGAAGAGUUUGUUUCCACGUUUUCUCCUUUUUUGGAACAAAGAGACUGGAACCUUAUCGUGAGUCCGGUGCUACCAGAUGAUAUUUCUCACUACAAAAGCAAUUUUGAUAAACCAAAUGAAAAGAAAUCAGACUACAACGAUGUGCCUUUGUCUUUACCGGAAAAAAUAAUCGAGUACAACGCAAAUCUGAACAGCUGCGCCUCGGAGGAUGAAUUAGAAAUCAAGCGAAUCGUCAAUGAGCUCGAAAGCCAGCUGCAGACGACAAAAAUGGAGGCUCCUCUCAGACGAGACGACUCGAAGCAGCUGCAAAUGAGCAAGUUCUCACCUUUACGGUUGAGCGAAGAAUCGGAGAGCGAUACCAUUGAUGCUGCUGCUGCGGUGACUUCAGAACCUUUCGAUGAACCGCAACUUCCGUGGAACAGUCCGUUCCGGUUCGACCUUGUGGAUAGACACCAUAGUCCACACAGUGAAGCCGCGGCGCUUGAGAAUUACACCGAAACGGAGGUUGAUGCUUCGAAUACGAUAAUCCCGAUCUCAGAGCUCCACAAUGACAAAAGGAAACAAAAACAAGAACAGUCUGAAUACACGGAAAACCUCAUGAAAAGUCUGGAAGUCAUGUCUGAUUCCCUAUUCAAAAACGAAACCAUUAUAUCAGAACACAGGGAACCAAAUGUCAACUCCGUCUCAAGUCCGCAACAAGAAAGCGAAUGCGAAGCCGGCGAUCCAGCUGAGAGCGAGAAUCACGAUGAAAAGAAGGCAAUUACCAGGAAACAGAAUAUAUCUUCACCUUCAAAUAUCAAGGAGCAGAAGAACAAUAUUGAAUUCGUUCUGAAAGACUCACAGUCGUCUCUCCCUCACAGUUCGAACCGCGCCAUUGAUGCACACCAGCGGAUUUCAUCAGAGCCAAGCGAGGUCCCGGAAAACGAUAUUAACAAGACUGAAAUGGAAUUCAUUUCAGAUGGGCGUGUACCUGAAGCGAGUAAGCUGAUUGAAUCUUCUCAUUGCUCACAUUUAAUGGAUGAAGACAAAACUGUGAACGCGUUGCCGAAAAACUGCGACGGUUCUCCGCAUUUGACAGAUAAUUACGAGGAAGCAAACGCAAAUAUUAACGACCGAUCUUUGUGCAAUUCAAAACAAUCCGCUGAUCGUCAAUUGGAUCUGAAAGAUAUGGAUUUAUUGAAAUGUGAGCAGUACGAAAGUACCACCAAGAACACACAUUUAGUUACUCCGAAACCUGACUUAUUAGCGGAUAUCGUUUCCGUAGACAAACCCUGCAGCCCAAAUCUAACCGAAAACGAUGCAGAAACUACCAGGAAACGCUUAACCUAUCAAGACAACCAAUCAAUAGGACAAAACAGUCUACUGGUCCUGACCCACAUGGACGACAUCAAUGACAUUGAUGCAAAACAUUACCCCUGUAAAACUCCUCAACUGAACGACUCAUUUAAAACUGAACCGAAUCUCACUUUUAAUACCAUUCAUAAAGAAGAGGAUAUUUUAAAUGUUCACGACAUUAGAGAAGAUCUUCCUGUGGAUUUUAUGGCAAGUCACCAGAAUUCACCAUGCAGAGAUCAAGUGGAGGGAAGUCAGUGUAGUUUCCUACACACUUAUUCACCAGCUCUUUUAGCAAGACAAUCGGAAACGGAUAAAGAAGAAAGCACACAACAAAGUAAAUAUGACCAAAGAUCACCUGAUACCAAGUCGGAAUAUCAACAAGACGACUGUAAUGAAACCAUGAACACAGACGCGGAAAUGGAGUAUUCAUUGAUUAGCCCACCGCAUUUGGAACUACCCGGUUCUGACACCAACUUACACACUCCGAUUCCUGCGUCCUGCACAGCGGAACCAGUGACGCUAUCAGAAAACCUCGACAAAAACGAUCAAUCAUACGAUUUUAAGCUAAGUCCUCUGAACAACAAAAGCAACUCGGAUGAACCUCCUGAACUGACACAGUAUGACUACAUACCGAUUUGCAAUACCGUGGACGUACCGGACGGUCUAAAGUACACGUGUUUUUCAUCAUUCAGCACCAAUUCCUCUGCUGAUACCGUAAGCGACGAUAUAACGGUUACGCCCGAUGAUGAUAACGCUAUCAAGCUGCCUAUGCUUCGAAAAGUCGAAUCAUGCUCAUUUGCACUGACGGACAUUUCAACCUGUUUGCCGCCCGUUCUCUGUGAAAGUAGACCAGCGACGGAUCCUGGAGAGGGUUUGAAAACAGUACCAUCAAAAACAGGUCAGAGUAACCCUCAACGGGGGAAAGUACUUUGUGAAAUCUGCUUCAUGUGUUUCAGAACUGUGCCAGGUUUAAAGAGACAUAAAGCUAUGAAACAUGCGGUCAGAAAUGAAAAACCGAUUGGCCCACAUAACACGACGGCGUGCCAUCAGGGGACGCCGCUUAUUUGUGAAGCAUCAGAAGAAAAAGAGAAAGAACAUAAAGAUGAUUCACAGCCCUGCCGGACCGAAAUAGAUGAGAUGACGGAGACAAAUUGCACCCUAAUAUCCAAAGCAUCAGAGACUGAGUCACACUCGGAGGAAAUGGCGGAGGAUGAAAUCUGCAAUGAAAAGUCUGUGCUGCUAACCAAAACAAAAAAGAACAACAAAGCUCGAAAGAACAAAAAUAACGAGGAAAACUCAAAAAUUGAGCCAUUCUCAGAUGAGCUUUUGAAUAUAUUAAAAACAGACCUCCUUCAAGCUAUAACGCCCGAUUUUAAACGCAACGCCUUGCAAGAAGAAGACCAGCCUGAAAAACACGGAGCUGAAACACUCUCCGAAAUUCCAAUCGGAGAAACCGGUGUUCCCAGUGAAAAUACAGGAUUUACAAAUACCGAUGACAUCAUAUACGCAGAUCUGACUCAGGAAAGUGAAGGACAAAAUGUGGAAAAAACGACAUCCAUGGAGAUAACCGAGAGUUCAUGUAGUGUGGAAGUGGUUCAUGAACCCGAACACUCAGAAAAAAGCCUUGCCCAAGAGAUGUUGGUCAAGUGUGAGCUCAACGGCAUCUCUUCAGACGAGCAACAUCCUUUGUCCCCGCCUCCUCCGGAUCUGAAAUCUUUACUUGACGACGACGCCAUUUUUUCGCAGUUAUUCCCCAGAGAUGACGACGCAAAAAGGAAAAAAUGCCCGAGGGUGUACGGCAAAAAAAACAAAAAACUGAAACUUUCAUCUGAUUCCGAUGUCGCUCCGGAUUCAGGAUCCGACCCUUCUUUUUCACACCAUAAAAAGUUCCACAAAUCGUUUAAUAACCCCUGUGAAUACGCAACUAUAUCCAUUGAUGAUGCAAUCAUGUUGAACAUGUGCCAUAACGGCGCAUUGAAGGUCCCGGAUGUCAAGUCCGAUGCUAAACCGGAGACCCAAGAACUGACCCCUAACUCUUUGAAUCCGUUUCAUAGCACCGUUGAUAAAACUUCCAUUCAAUGGAAUGACUUUAAUGAGGAGCAGAUAGUGACCUCUGACCCUGUCACCUGUAGACCAGAUACGCCAAACCCACCUCAAGGUGAGGUCUACACAACGGACCAGAACGCCACAGACGGUGGACACGACGGCAUCGACAUUCAAAACAUCAACACCACGUUUCAGCUCCCUGAGAUUCAGUUCCUCGACUCCAACAAAGAAGUCUCAGUGGUUCCUCCUCCGACUACGACGACUACUACCGCCGACGUGGAAAACAAGGAUAAUGAAAAGUCUAAAAAACUUCCGGAUCGUCGAGGCCGAAAACGACAAGAAGGUGGACUCAAGGUCAAAGAUAAGCAGUACAAGUGCAAAGUGUGCUUCACGUGGUUCCUCACUCUCGGCGAACUCAACUUUCACAAGCUGUCCCACAACCCAUCUCCACCUCCGACCUGCUACAUGUGCGUCCAGCGUAAGUUCAGCUCCAGGGAGCAGUUGAGAGACCAUCUGUGGGAGAAGCAUGCCAAGAACAAAACCGGGAUUUGGACUUGCGGAAUGUGCUUGAAGGAGAUCUCCGAUGUGUGGAUGUAUAAUGAGCAUUUACGAGAACACGCCACUCAGUUCGCCCGAAGGGGUCAAUCUCAGGGUUCCAUGUUGGGCAUUCCGGGCUGCUUCAUGCAGGAGACGGCCGUUAAGAACUUCAUCACCUCCAUUAUGCAGCACCGACCCAGCAAAGCCAACAGAGAGUCCACCAAAUCCACUAAAGAACAUGAUGGCACUUCGGGAGAUCGGAAAACCUUGGAUGAAGCUGAGCGAAAACUCAAACCGAAAAGCAUCAAGAACGGCAAGAACACGCUGACCCCACUUGAGGUCCUCCAUAAAACAGAAUCCCCAAAAAAUGUGGAGAUGCAUCCAAACUGCAAGGACCCGUCCAGAGACUGUCACCACUGCGGGAAACGGUUCCCGAAACCGUUUAAACUUCAACGCCAUUUAGUGGUCCACAAUUUGGAGAAAAUUUUCCUAUGUCAUAAAUGUCCGGUCUCGUAUCAGGAGGUCCAGGAUCUCAAGGAACAUCUCAAGAGAGAACACGCCGAGGCGGGCGAAAUGGAGUCCAAACACACGACCCUCUACACCUGCGAGCUCUGCGCCGACGUCAUGCAUGUCAUUAAAAAAUCUUUCAUCUGCAGCACCUGCAACUACACCUUCUCCAAGAAGGAGCAAUUCGAUCGUCACAUGGAAAAACACCUCUCCGGCGGGAAUAAAAUCUUCAAAUUCCGAGGCGUUCACAGACCUGUUAAAACGCCCAAAGACGAUGAAUGCGAUUCGCCUGCAAGUAAAAAAAGAAGAAUUCUCUCCGACAGUCUUCAGGAGAAUAGCACCGAUAGCGGAAUCGCCAGCGUGGGGUCGCUGCACCUCAACCAAAAUUCCGAAACGCAGCCCGCUAAAGUGUCCACGUUAGAUGACGCCACGCAGACGUCCACUUGCAACUACCGCAAUAACAUCAACGACACAAAUGUCAAAACCGAGGACAUCGCCGAAGAUUACACGGUUCUGAUUGUCGACAUGGAGAAAUGCGUUUCUAUGACCUCGAGUGACUCAGCUGAACCCAAGGAAGAGGAAAUCGAACGAACACCGACGGUUAAUCUCGACACAGAAUCGACACCGGAACCGUGUGACGUGAAAGAAGAGAACGAGUCGGUGUGCAUUCGAACCGAGACCACCCAUUGGCCGACAUCUCAGAACAACGGUACCGAAAUGGAGGCGACAACAAUACCCGAUACUGACACAGGAAAACCGAAUCCACUUCCGCCCAUGAACGACUCUUUGAAGUCACCACAAACAAAACCUGAGUUACAAUCGGUUACAACCGGCACGGAACAGAAACCCACCCCGGUCAGAGCAUGUGAAACCAGAAUCAAUCCAGAAUCGAUCCACUCUAACACCUCAGCUUCAAACGACGAUAAAGAACCCCAGAAACCACCGAAGAAGAAAAAAGACGUUAAAUCCCCGCCCAAUAUGCAAAGAGCUUCCUUCCCAACCCAGGAGAAUUUUGACUCUCAUACCAAAAAGAAGUAUCACCCGGGGAAGUGCUUCAAUCCUUCUCCGCAAAGAAAACCCGAGAUCCAGAACAACGAUUACGCGGUUCUGGCGUCAGUACGUGAUGACGCAAUCGGUAACAAACUCGUACCCAAGUGCAAGGCAUCAACAUUGGGGUUGCAGUUAAAAAGAAGUCUUCUCGAUAGCUGUACGCCAAAGAAAACCGAUAUGAUGGUCGCCCCUCUGAACAGGGACUACAAAACCAAAAAGGGACACAUGGGUAGAACUCUUCACGCCUCUAUUUCUAAAGUGUCCUCAGUUCCCAUGAGCAAUUCCUUGAACAAGUCCAGACCAAGGCAAGGGGUGAGGUCAGUCGAGAGCCACUCCUUUAGAACAGCAGAGUCCCAAAACCACCUCCUCAGCCAGCUGUUUGGCCAGAAACUGACCAGUUUUAAGAUCCCUUUAAGGAAGGACGCUUCGGAAUCGAUUAACUGAUCGUAAACGUCGGGACCUGUGAAUGAAAGACUUUUUAUAUUUCACAGUUUUGUUUUUUUUUAAGUUUUUAUACUUAAUUCAUGAUAGUGAAUGAGAUUGCACAGCUCUUUUCUGUGAAAUGUUAUCUUAAAUACUUACAUAGUCACUUUAUGGUUUUUUUUUGUACAUGUGCUUUUUUUCACAUAAAUGUGAGGAUAAAUAGCAAAUAUGAAUUUUGGUUCCAAAAUUAAUAUACUAGUCGAAUUUUUUUUUUUAAUUUUUUUUUUUUAAUAUCUGUUCCAGAGAUUAUAUUUCAAAUAUCUAUCGAAAAGAAAAAGAAUACUUGAAAAUACAGUUGAAUGCCAUAUUUUUGAAGAAUUGCAUCUUCAUUUUGCAUUCAUAACUUUGGCUUAUCAGUGCGAGGAUUUUUUUUUUUUUUCCAAAGGAUCAAAUAAUUAUUGUAAUUAUUGACAUGGACUCUUAUCUUUGUACAUGCUAUCAAUAUAUUAUUGUCAUUAUCAUAUUUUUAACUGCACUGCAUUGACAUUCAUUAUAAUAACCUUAACAUACAUGGUGCUACAUUUGUGUUUUUUUUUGUUUUUUUUUUUAUUGUAAUGUGAAUGCCAAUGUCCUCAGAAGGGAACAUGAGACCCCCCCCCCACCCACCCUCCGUAGCAGUUCCGGCACGUCGUGUGUUUACUGGUUCUCUGUCGUUUUAUUCAAGAUACUGUGUAAACCAUCAAAGGGCUCCAUCUGUAGGCCGGUCCCAAGACACCAUUAAGGAAAGAUUCCAUUGUAUAAACUCAGGUGCAUACAAAGGGCAUCGCCGUCCUUAGACCUGUAUAUUCGGAGUUCUUCCCAUGCACUGAUAAUAUCUCUUGACUUACAUACAUCUCGCAUACAUACACACCACAACCACAUCUGUGUCUGCGACAUCAAACUGUUUCAUACUGAAGAGUAUUUACUUUACAACAACAAAAAAAACGGUGCUUUAUCUUGUUUAUACUGUAUGUAUCGUCAUUUGUAUUAUAUUGUAGGUAGAUUAUUGUCUGGUGUGUAAUGCUUUAAUAUCAAAUUUUUAUUUUAAUAAUGUGCAAAAAAGAAUGACCAAGAAAAAGGGAAGUGCAGUCAGUGCCUUGUGCGAGCUGUAAAGUGGAUCACUAAGUGCCUGUUUUAUAGUUGUUAUUAAAGAUCUGUAUCGAUCUCUCCUGGCUCUUUUUUUUUUUUUUCUUCCGUUGUACAUGGAAAAAAAACGUGCAUCCCUGCAGAUGUAGCUGUCAAACAUCAACCAUGAAGAGUGUCGGGGAGGCUAAAACAGAAACAAAGAUGAACGGUCGCAAAUGUAGCUUUACUACAGGGAAACACACGUUUUAUACAAGUAUAUGUUCUUUUGUAGACUUCGCUUGUGUUGUCCUCUCGCCGUGUGUAAAGUGGCUUCUGUUCCUACAUGAGUAUUUGUCAGCAUCACAUAGGAAUAAAAAGCCAUAGUACACACAGGCGUACACUGAAGGGAACGGGAAGGGAACUCAUGCAGCCACUGAAUGAAGGAACCUUUGAAAAAGGGGGGGUGCAAGGGAGAGAAAGACAAAAAAAAUUGAAGUUCAUUCAGUAGUAGUCGUAGUAUACAACUUUAUCCAACAUUCAUUUAUUUUGGAAUGAAUCAAACUAUGGAAUGGAUUGAGUAAGACCCUCAAACAAUGCACAACGAUGAGCCAAUUCAAGAAACAAUACAAGCAGUUGAUGUUUGCUAAAUACAAGGAUGAAGAGUCUUGAACCAGUCAUGAUGUGCUAUAUAUAUCACUAUAUUGACACUUACUAUGGUACCCAUUAUGUCAUUGGAUGCUCAUAUCACCUCCUACUUCGGUAUGUGACAAAAAAUUAAAAAAAAACUAUAUUAGGAAAGCAGGAAGUGAACAAAUGUAACAGUUACUGAUUGUAAAAGUACCAGAUGGAGGGGUAGGAUUUAAUAAGCUUUGCUUCUUCCUACUCCUUUUGGACAUGUGGAACUGUGAACUGAUUAUGUGAUGCAUUCAAUUGUAAUCUGAUGCAUGUUCAAAUGAAAUAAAACCAUUACCAUUACCACUUAUACCUCAAGCUCAUCCGAUUGGGUAUCUGGCCAAAAACGUGCAUGUUGGCUAAGCUGGAGAUUCUAAAUAAUGUGAAUGUGUGGUCAAAUCGAAAUCGAAAAUUUAUUGAACUCUGAGUAUAACGAGCGUGAGAGAAAGAUCCAUCCACUCAUUGAUUUCAGUAGAUCAUGCUUGAUUUUUUUUAGCUGUGAUCAAAUAACACCAAUCCUAAAUAAGAUAGUUGAUAACAUGGAAAAAACGGAAAAAAAAAAUAUUAACCAUAGAAAUAAUUUCAGUUAUAUUAUCACGUUACGUUACCAUCCAUCCACUUUCUAUGCCGCUUUUCCUCACUAGAGCCUCUGGGGUAUGCUGGAGCCUAUCCCAGCUGUCGGGGUACACCCUAGACUGGUCGCCAGCCAAUCACAGGGCACAUAUAAACAAACAAGCAUUCACACUCACAUUCAUACCUAUGGACAAUUUGGAGUAAUUAGCAGCAUAGAAGAUGGAUCGGAGCAGGAGGGGAUAGAAAAGAAAAAAAAAGAAAACAUUAAUUCAUUCAUUCAUUUUCUACCGCUUAUCCUCACAAGGAUAAGGGGGUGCUGGAGCCUAUCCCAGCUGUUUUUGGGCGAGAGGCAGGGUACCAGCCAAUCACAGGGCACAUAUAGACAAACAAGCAUUCACACUCACAUUCAUACCUAUGGACAAUUUGGAGUAAUAAGUAGCAUAGAAGAUGGAGCAGGAGGGGAUAGAAAAGAAAAAAAAGAAAACAGUGCGGGGAUAUACGAAGUGAGAUGACAACAACAAUUUGGAGUCACCAAUUAAGCUAACAUUAUACAUUGUGUAAAAACAAAGUAAUGUAAUUUAUCCUGAUGAAUUGGUGAUGAAAAAUGAGACAUUAAAGACGUUAAAUGCAGGGACAGACCCUCCUCUGUUCCUACCUCGUCCCUUUGGAGCUCACUUCCACC